AUGUUGCGAGUGUGGUUCGAAAGGGAAUAUAUCGUACGAGCAGGCGGUACAAUGGUAGACGAGUUCCAUGAAGAAGGGGGUAAAAAUAAGGACAAAAAUAAAGCAGAUCUUGAAAAACAGAGAGCCCGACAAAACAAGGACCAGGUGAUCAGCGAAGAUGGCGGGGAGUCAUCGGAUAGUAAGGAUCCGAAUCUCGUGAUCUCUAGUGAGGAUGCCGGCGAUCUGUACAACUUUUUCGAUCGGAAAUCCAAAGAAGCUCUUUCACUUGAAUCGAAAUCAACGGAUUCACAAGACGGCCCUGCGAAACGAAAGGGAUUUCUGAAAUCAAAGUCACUGGAUUCAAAAGAAACUGUAGAAAACAAGAAAUCCGAAGGAGCAGGCACAAAGUCAGGAGGCUCCAGAGACAAAUGA